AAUAUACCAAGUUUAAAAAAGCAAUUUAGAAAAUAUCAUUUUUUUCUUUUUUUUCUAUUCUUUAAAGUAUAGAUACGGAACAGGGAUAAAUUUUUUUGCUAAAUCUUACAUUAAACCCUUCACACACUGGGCUCUAUGCUUGUGUGUGUGCGAGCGAGCAUGCCAAUUAACUCUUGCUUUAUUCAUGUUCCCGUGCGCGCGGGCAGAGGCUCAGUAGCUAGUCGAUACCAGGCUAGCAACUUCUAACAAAAUGCACAUCUUUCCGUGAGCCGCGAGGAUGCCCUAGGAGUCGGACGCACGUUUACGUGAAAUGAUGCUGUUUGCGGGGCUGAUGGUGAAAUCGCGGGAGAAUUUCCGCGUGUUUUAAUGAGCCGCAAAUCACAAUUUUUUCGCCCCCCCGGAGCCACAGCGCUUGAACAAGAGAGCAUCCGAGCACCUUUUUGCGGAUGUGAGGAAGGGACCCAGCGCUAUUUAUGGGGAACAGCUAACCUACGAUCAUACAGAGAAUACUCAGCAGGCUUGACUGGACACUCCGGAUACCACCUGAAAGCAAAUAAUAAAGUGAAAGUAGUUGAUUUACUUUUACUUCUUCGCACACCUGGUCAUCUUUUCCCUUUGGCACCUGGCUGUUUUCUCACCUGCAUCUUCACCAAGCAGCCUUUGCAUUCCGGUGCCAGCUGCAGACAUGGAUUGGGCCACACCAGCUGCCAAGCUCAAUCCUUACACUCGAGCCCGCAUGACAGAAGCCUGGCAGCAGCAUGCAGUUGCACCACCUCAGGUUGUCCACACUAUCCCUCCGGGUGCUGAGAACGCAUUGGGCUGUGCUGUGUAUGGUAUCGUACUGCAACCAGACACUACGUCGCUACAGCAGCAGCAACAGCAGAGCCAGCAUGGACCCCACAGCCAGCAUGGACAGCAACACAGUGGGAGUCAGCAGCAUGGAGGUGGGCAGCACAGUCAGCAGCAGCAGCACCCUGCCCAGGCCCAGCAGACGUCCCUUCAGGUUGGGACAGAGGGAGGGCACAAGUGUGGGGCUUGUGGACAUGAUAUCUCCCACCUGGCAAACCCACAUGAACAUCAGUGCAUGGUGACUCAGGACAGGUCAUUCCAGUGCACUCAGUGCAUGAAGAUUUUCCACCAGGCAACAGACUUGCUGGAGCACCAGUGUGUUCAGGUGGAGCAGAAGCCGUUUGUGUGCGGGGUGUGUAAGAUGGGCUUCUCCCUGCUCACUUCUCUCGCCCAGCACCACACAUCGCACAACAGCACCAACCCAAUGAAGUGUUCGAUAUGCGAGAAGACCUACCGGCCCGGCUCUUCUGGCAGCGCUACACCCAACUCCUCGAGCAGCUCCCAGCAGCCCAGCAGUGACGGGGCGUCAGCCAGCAGCAGCUCGUCCAUUCUGCCGUUCCCCUCGGCCCGAGACCGGCCCUACAAAUGUUCCGUGUGCCAGAAAGGCUUCAAACACCUCUCAGAACUCACGCGGCACGAGAGGGUUCACACGGGGGAAAAGCCCUUCAAAUGUGACACGUGCGACAAAGCCUUCAGCCAGUCGUCACACCUGCAGCACCACCAGCGAACACACAGCAACGAACGUCCAUUCAAGUGUGCUGUCUGUGAAAAGAGCUUCAAGCACCGCUCCCACUUGGUGCGCCACAUGUACGUGCACUCGGGUGAGCACUUGUUCAAAUGCAACUUAUGUGAACUGCACUUCAAAGAGUCUUCAGAGCUCCUUCACCACCCUUGCCACCCGCAGGGUUCUCGGCCGUUUCGCUGUGCCACCUGCGGUAAGGGUUUCAAGCGGCCAUCUGACCUUCGCCAGCACGAGCGCACACACUCAGAGGAGCGUCCGUUCCACUGUGACGAGUGUCAGAUGAGUUUCAAGCAGCAGUAUGCACUGGUGCGCCACAGCCGCACUCAUAAAGACCCCACAGACCGCCCAUUCAAAUGCAAUCUGUGCGACAAGGGCUUCAUGCAGCCCUCUCACCUCCUCUACCACCAGCACGUCCACGGCAUGGACAACUUGUUCAAGUGCGCCUCAUGCCAGAAGGAGUUCAGCCAGUCAGGAGAGCUGCUCAGGCACAAGUGCGGGGAGUCGUCCAACAACUCGCCUGACAAGCCAUACAAGUGUGACGUUUGCGGCAAAGGCUACAAGAAGAGUUCCACGUUACAGCGUCAUCAAAACUCGCACUGCCAGGAGAAGCCCCUCAAGUGCUCGCUCUGCGACCGCCGCUUCCUGUCCUCUUCAGAGUUUGUGCAGCAUCGCUGCGACCCAUCGCGGGAAAAGCCACUGAAGUGCCCUGACUGUGAGAAACGUUUCAAGUACUCGUCGGACCUGAACCGACACCGGCGCGUGCAUACAGGCGAAAAACCGUACAAGUGCGGUCAUUGCAAUAAGGGCUUCAAACAACGCGAGCACUUGACCAAACACCAGAGCACGCACUCCAGAGAGGGUCAGUUCAAGUGUGUUUGGUGCGGAGAGCGUUUCAGUGACUUGGGCUCCUUGCAGGACCACACGGUGCAGCACACAGCUGAUGGAGGGGGUUACCCUGUGCCCCAGUGCAUAUAAACCCUUGACUUCUUAGUUUGAACUUUUGUCUGUCCCUUCUGGGCUAUUUAUUCAGCCUAACGUUAACCACACUUUCAGGAGAGUCCUGAAUUGUUGUAUUCAUUCCAACAGUGCUACAUCAGGGUUUUGUUGCUCUGCUAACCUGCCCAGUUAAUGUUACUCCAAGUCUUGUCAUUCCAUAAAAACUGAACAUUUUUUUGUCUCUUCUUAUAUCUGGUCCUUAUUUUUAUAAACCCAACCCUUACCACAACCAUGUAACUCCCAGGAACAAGUGCCAUAUCGCAGGUUGAUCUAGCAGAUCCACCCUAAUUUCCUCCCCUCAGAAAUGAGCAGAAUCAGAAUAAGAAGCAUCCCUGUUACGUCGGUAAAAAGCCAGACAGGAUUUGUUGUUUUUAAAACAGUUUGGUAGGAUGUUUAAAAGAGUAUUGAGUAAAUCAUUCAGGCUGAGUCGCAAUCUUUAGUAUCCACUAAAGUGGAGUCCUCUUGUUUUUCUUCUUCUUCUCCCCUCUUGCUACUAUAGCCCUUUUCAAACAUGGGAUGCAAAGCAUUCCAUUAAGGUGAUAGCAGAUUGUCAUUCAGGCAUAGGUCAUAUUUACGUUAUUGGCGCCCAUGGUCUCAUUCAGACAUGCAUCAGACCUACUAUGGUACUCGUGCAAAUUCUUUUCAUACCUCGAGAAAAAAAGCUUGAGUGUCAUCAGUAUUGACUCCAGACUUUAGAUUCUUCUCUCUGUGUGCGCUGCAGCUGAGAGAUGUUUCUUCUGAAAUUGGAAACUGAGGAAUUCAGGAAGUCACGUGUGUAAUCUCAGUUAACAUGUCCACUUGUCCUGUAUCGAAACUGAUACUUAAGAGUUUAAGAGUCUGAUCUUGUAGGAUUGCCAUUGCGACUUUUACAUAAAAGUGACCCGAGUGCUCGUUUACAUGAAGUUUACUCAUUUCGAUGGUGUCAGUUUAAUGGAAAAAACCUGCAUGUCUGAAAUGGGUUUGUGAUGACUGCUCUUGGCCUCCCUUCAGUUUCUCCCUCUCUCAUUAUUCCCUACAUCUUUCCUCUGCUUCCUGCUCUUCCUGACUCAGCCUGUCACUGUUUAGUAUCAGAAGUUUGCAAAGUGUGACUUUCCAUACCGCCCUCCAACACACACAUGCACUCACUUUAAUAUCUUUGGGUAAAGAGUGGUCUGAAAUGCUUUGGGUAUCCUUAACCUCCAUUUUUAUUUUUACUCUUCUUAUUAAAGAAGUGGCCAGUGAACGCCUCAUUUUACACCAAUUAGCAAUAACAUAGCAGCCAAAGGUGUUGACCCAGUGUGUUGGAACAAUUUCAAUCCACAGAGGCACCACAGGCCCCCAAAGAUCUGCUGCCAAAGUCAGAGCUUUUUUUUGGCACCACGAGAGGCUCUAAUGCAAUAUUAGGCUGGCAGUUUUAAUGUUAUGGCUGAUUGGUGUAUGUGAAGUGAAACGGCAUUGGGGAUUUGGGAAUGCGUUGUCCUACGGUUAAAUAAUUCUAUGUGUGAACAGUAUAAAGCUACACCCUGUGGUGUGUAGACUAAUCAGCCAGCCCAAAUUUAAGUCUACAAAAGCUCCAGCUGUUCUAAUCCUUCAAUACAGAAAAAUAUAUUUCACACUAAUGUACUAUUCCUGCAGAGGUCAGUGCUGUCGUUCAUUUAAUAGUGUCAAAGUCUCUCAUCCUCAUCCUGUAUAUAACUCUGGAUGUGUGGGUGUGCUUAGCCAGAUGAGUCGGAAAUGUCUUUCUUAUAAAAAUAGGUAUUGAAGAGCUGUUUUUGUAUUCUUGCUACUUUUUACCAUGUGAAAUGUUAUGAAAAAUGCUUUUUUCUUUUUUUUUUGUAUUUUGUUUUCAUUUUUGUAGUCCAUGUAGUGACUGUGCCAGUGCGUCGCGAGGAGUCUCAAAGAGAAACCCGCACGUGAGUCUGAAUGCGUGAAUGUAAACGGUGUUCUGUCAAACAGGGAAAUUCAGACUGAAGUGAAUUGUAGUAGAAUUAUUUCAACCAA